UAUGACGUCACCAGUAUAGGUCACUUCACUUUGCUUUGAGCUUGCAGUAAUUCACCGUAAACGCAGUCGUGACGUCGACCGACAAGUUCAGUGUUGAAAGUUCCAACUGUACACGUAUUAUUAUGGCGGAGUCUUUAGAGCAAUUGCCAAAAUCCGAUACUAUACGACUUCGCGAUCGUUAUAUCGGGCAAUCAUGCACGUUGUUUUACAAGUCAAAUCCGCUAAAAAUCGUCAAAGCCGAAAAACAAUACAUGUAUGAUGAGAAAGGCAAUCGAUAUCUAGACUGCAUAAAUAACGUUGCACACGUUGGUCACUGUCAUCCUGACGUUGUGCGAGCCGGACAAGAACAAAUGGCCUUGUUGUCUACGAACAAUCGGUUUCUUCACGACAAUUUGGUGUUGUGCGCGAGUCGGCUGGCGUCGUUUCUCCCGGAACCGUUGUCCGUUUGCUUUUUGGUGAAUUCUGGAAGCGAGGCCAACGAUCUUGCUAUUCGUCUUGCUCGAACGCACACCAACAACAACGACGUCAUUACGCUGGAUCACGCUUAUCACGGACAUCUGACCACAAUGAUCGAUAUCUCGCCGUUUAAAUUCAACAAGCCUAAUGGUACCGGCAAGAGAGACUGGGUGCACGUGGCUCCUUGUCCGGAUGUGUAUCGCGGAAAAUAUCGCUCGUCCGAUUACGUAGGCGAAGAUCUCGGUGUCAAAUACGCCGAGGAUGUAAAGCAGAUUUGCAAGGAUAUCAAAGCCGAGGGACGCGGUGUUUGCGCCUACAUAGCGGAAAGUCUCAUAUCGGUCGGCGGACAGAUUCUACCGCCUCAGAAUUAUUUUCGGAACGUAUACAAACACGUACGCGAAGCUGGAGGAGUUUGUAUCGCGGAUGAAGUGCAGGUUGGUUUCGGACGAGUCGGGACUCACAUGUGGGCGUUUCAGUUAUACGGCGAGGACGUUAUUCCAGACAUAGUCACAAUAGGCAAACCUAUGGGCAACGGUCAUCCCGUCGCGGCCGUUGUCACAACACCAGAAAUCGCGCGCAGUUUUUGCAACACCGGUAUCGAAUAUUUCAACACGUACGGUGGCAAUCCCGUAUCCUGCGCAGUGGCGAACGCGGUGAUGGAAGUGAUCGAACGUGAAAAUCUUCCGGAGAACGCGUUGAAGGUCGGUAGCCAUCUGAUCGCGGAGCUGAAGAAGUUAGCGAAGCGACGGAAGAUCAUCGGUGAUGUGCGCGGUGUUGGAUUAUUCGUGGGUAUCGAGUUAGUACGCGACAGGAUCAAAAAGAUACCGGCGACCAUGGAGGCUCAGCAUAUAGUAUCUAGAAUGAAAGAGAAGAAGAUUCUCGUUAGCAGUGACGGGCCUGAUAACAACGUUCUGAAACUGAAACCGCCAAUGGUUUUCAGUAUCGAGAAUGCUAACCAUUUUGUGUCUGUACUUGACGAAGUUCUCGAAGAAGUCGACAUUGACUUUGACGAGGAACCGGAAACUGCUACAACCAUUAUUAAAGCAACAAUCUCGUCUAUAGAGGUCGAUAAAAGCAUCACAUCAGUGAAGAACGAAAAUUCUUUAUUUGUUCGCGCUACUUAAUGACAUAUCUUAGAAAUAUAAAAAUUUCAUGUAUAUUUGGAUCUAGCAAGAUUUUUAUAUGUGAAAAGUAUUAUUACUUUUAAGACAUCUGCGUUUUUGCUUUUUGUCAUGCAUUUUUUGUGUGAGUAUAUUACUGACUUAUUAAAAACAAAGAUAAAUGAAAAUUAGAAAAUUAGUUUUAUACUCAGAUAAAAAUCAUAUAAAAUUAUAUAUGAUAUAUAAUUUAUAUCAUAAUUAUGAUUUUACACUCCGUGAGAAAUUAUAAACCGGUUUAUUGAACUAAUUUUACUAAUUAAUUUAUAAGUUUUUACAACAAAACGUGUUUAUGUCAAUUUAAAUAUAUAUA